AUGGCUGGUAUUACCUCAGUUCUUCGUGGACUUCGUGGACUAGUUGAUUACAAUAGACGUAAAUCGCUUCCAGAAAUUCAAGAGGAAGGUUGUCAUCAUCAUGGGUACCAUGAAACGGGUCUAUGCCCGCAUUGGAUCGGUAACUCUGCCAGAUCGGUCACACAUCAUCCUGUUGAUCCUGUGAAAUUUUAUACUGGCACAGAUGUACAAAUCGAUUUGGAUGUUUCACAGUUUUGUCCAGCAGAUUUACUGGUUCGACUCUCUGAAGACGCACUUAUCGUUGAGGGCGAUCAUGAGGAACGAUGUGAAGAUCAUGGCACCGUGAAACGAGAAUUUUUACGACGAUUCGCUCUUCCACCGCAUUUACGUCAAAAGGCUGUUGUGGCGAACUUGACGGCAACUGGUAACGGCUAUCGCUUCUAA